GAGUGGGGACUUGUAGAGUGGGGACUUGUAGAGUGGGGACUUGGUGAGUGGACACCUGCAGAGUGGACAGUGGGGACCUGCAGAGUGGGGACUUGGAGAGUGAGAACCUGGACAGUGGACACUUGGUGAGUGGACACCUGCAGAGUGGGGACUUGUAGAGUGGGGGCCUGCAGAGUGGACACCUGGAGAGUUGGCACCUGAUGAGUGGGGACCUGCAGAGUUGGCACCUGGUGAGUGGGGACUUGUAGAGUAGACACCUGCAGAGUGGACACCUGGGCAGUGGGGACUUGUAGAGUGGACACCUGGUGAGUAGGCACCUGGUGAGUGGACACCUGCAGAGUGGCGACUUGGAGAGUGGGGAGGGGGGGCACCGUAAGGUCACAGGGUACCUUGCGAUAUCAGGGUGUGAGGACAUCCAGAGGACCUGGAGUUUCAAGGCGGGGGGCACACUGCGUGAAGAAGAUACCCGAGUUCUGAGGUUGCGGGGACACAGGGAGGUUGAGGGAGCCUGAGGGCUCGAGGCUGACGGGAGAGGAGGGGGGUGGAGAUCUGUGAACUUGAAUAUGGAUUUUCGAGGCACGGGAUCCGGGGACUGGAAUUUGUGGUCUCGGGGAUAGGAGAUCUGUGGUUCGAAUCGCGAGGCCCCGGCAUCGGUGCCCUGUGGGACCUGAGUGAGGAGACCGUGGAAGUGAAGACGGAGAGACCCGGGUGAGGACAUCCGGUUACCUGCAAAGCUCGGGCGCGAAAGCCCAGAGCCCGUGCUCUCUCGGUUAGAAAGGGACACUUUGGUGGUUGGACAUUGAGAUCUUGCCAAAGCACGUGGGACUUUACUAAACGUGGACCUGGCAUAUGACCUUGGUGGCAAGAGGAACCUAAGCAAGAAGAGUUUGUUCAGAACACCCAGGACCUCAGGAGCGGAAAUACAAAGUUCUGAGGUCAGCAGGCCUGUGCGUGCCGGAGAUACAAAGGCUCUGGAUGAGGAGACCAGGUCCUGGAAGUUUUGAGUUGAGCCCUCCGGCACGUGGUCCAGAGAACGGAGACCUGGAGCCGAGGACACAAGGACCUGGGUACGGGGGCCUGCGACCUUAUUACUCGGGUCAUCUGGGACGCGAGGACGGGAACCUGGUACCUGGAGAUCUGAGGCACGGGGGACCUGUGCCCUGGGGACGGGGCCAGGGACACAGGGACCUGGGACCGGGAACCUGGAACCUGUGUGGAGACCCCCAUGGAGGACGAAACUGGAGCCACCCUUUUGGUGGCCGGACAGCCCAGGCGCAGGCAAGUGGAGGAUGCAAAAUGAAUCGGCACAUGGGGGUCAUGUCCGGUGACAAGGAGCUGAAUGACCUUCUGGACUUCGAGAUGAUGUUCUCUCCACCGGGUGAGCAGUCGCCAUGCGGGCCACAUCCCCGCUGCAGCGGUCUACCUGGAGGUCCCGGGACAGGCGUGAGGACAUCUGCUGCUUCCUGGUGUGUCGGGCAAGAGCAGAGGCCCUCCUUCAUGGCUGAGAGCUGUGAGCAAAGGCGACGACACGGGCAUCCUGUUACCACCGCGGGCACCACCACGAUGCCUGCAGCGGAGAACGCCACUCCACCUCCUCCCUCUGGAUACUGCUCCGGAUUCCCCAGCAAGGCGACUGGGAGAGGCUCUUAUCCUUUGUACGACCGGGAGUGCUGCUCACAGGUGGAAAGAUUUACUGAGUCGGCCGGACAGCUGUGUGCCGCCCCGGCUCUGGGGGGGCGGCUGCCGCCUCCUCCUCUUCAACCCAGGGCACAGGGCACCGCGUUCUUCCCUGCCACGAGGUCGGACGAUGCCCUGCUCCAUCGGAGGCCCCCGCCAAACCCACCGGCCCUCGAUGCUCCAUGUCAGAAGAUUCGCAAAAUUCCGCCGGGCCUCCCUUCCUCUGUGUACGCGCCGGGCUCCGAGGAGUGCAGUCGGGAGGCCCCAGGAUACCCCAGCAAGCCUCCCGGCGCCAGCGCGUAUGGCAGCCCAUACUACAUGCAAGAUGGUGCGCAGGCUUCUGCUGAGUUGUGGGGCCCGUGCAGCGGCCUCGCCCAGCCGGGCGCAUACGGCGGCACGGCCAAUGCCGCUGCCCACAUGAGCCAGCCGCCUGGCUCCUACGGCGUCCUCGGUGCACACGAACGAUUGGGCUACCCGCCCCACAGCGCCGGAGACUCCGCACUGGCGCUACCGCCCAUGGCCCCGUUCCCCCCGCACAGUGGAGCUCCGGGCUACGGGUCCAGCGCGCGGACGCCGACCGGCGGUGGCGGUGAGCCCCUUCCCGCUGAGGCCGCCCGGCACCACGGGAGCAGGGGCAAUGCAGCCGGGGCGACACAGACCGGGGACACCCUGGGCAAGGCACUCGCAUCGAUUUAUUCGCCAGACCACACCAGCAGCGGAUUUCCUUCCAACCCCGCCACGCCGUCCAGCGCCUCCCCACCCGCCACAGGGCGCAGCGCAGGCACGUCCCCCUGGUGUCGGUCGGUGGGGCAGAGUUCAACUUCCCCCGCGUACAAGGGCACCGUCUGCUCGCUGCCUCGCCAGCAGAAGGCCAGCACGGACGGACAGAUCCACCAGGCGCUACAGGAUGCGGCCUGCUUCCUCAAGGACAUCUGUGAGGGCCCCAUGGAAGAGCGCCUGGACCGGCUGGACGACGCCAUCCACGUUCUGCGGCACCACGCUGUGGGCCUCCCACCGUCCGCCGAGCUGCAUGGCAUGCUGGGAGGGCCGCCCUUGUCCGGGCCCGCAGGGGCGGCUGGGUCCGGUGGGCCCGGCGGCCUGGGGCCUGCGUACCGGGGUGGCGGGGCCUCCGCCGGGAUGUCAUCUGGCAAGCACGCCGGCAUGGCCGGGAGCCGCCGUGAUGAGGCCGUGGGGCUGCACCGGGCGCACCAGGCCGUGGCGGAGUCGAUGUCGGGGUCGGCGCCGGAUCUCUCAUCCAUUACCGACAGCUACAGAGGGCUACUGAGCGCGGGCAGCAGCAGCGUGGACGUGAAGUCGGAGGACGAGGCAGAGCGCGACGAGAACGAGCGCGGGGAUGACGAGCACAGCAAGCUGGGCUCACGUGGCAGGGCCAGCACGGACGAGGACCUGCCCCCCGAGGAGCGCGAGGUGAAGGACCGCGAGCGGCGCUUGGCCAACAACGCGCGCGAGCGGAUCCGCGUGCGCGACAUCAACGAGGCCUUCAAGGAGCUGGGCCGCCUGUGCCAGACGUACCUCCGCUCCGACAAGGCGCCCACCAAGCUCGGCAUCCUGCAGCAAGCCGUCAUGGUCAUCACCAGCCUCGAAUCGCAAGUGCGCGAGCGCAACCUGAACCCCAAGUCGGCGUCGCUGAAGCAGCGUGAGGAAGACAAGGCGAUGGCCGCGUCGGUCGAGUCGGCUCUCCUGGGGCUCGUGGGCCUGGGGGACCCCGCCAGCCUCGCCCACAUGUGACGUCGAUCGCCCCGUGGGGUCCCCAGUCAAAGGCCUGGCUUCAAGCACUGCAGCAGCAACAGCGACCCUAACCAGCCCCACUGCCACCAAGGGACCACCAUCCUGAAAUCCCAGGAAGGAACGAAAUUCCACGACUUGCUGCUGCUGUAGGGCAGCACGUGAAGACACCA